CCCACCAGAAGCAGGUGACUUCCGAGCUCAGCAAUGCUCAGCUCAUAAUGACGUCAAGCACCAUGGCCAGUUUUAUGAAUGGCUUCCCGUGUCUAAUGACCCUGACAACCCAUGUUCACUCAAAUGCCAAGCCAAAGGAACAGCCCUGGUUGUUGAACUAGCACCUAAGGUCUUAGAUGGUACUCGUUGCUAUACAGAAUCUUUGGAUAUGUGCAUCAGUGGUUUAUGCCAGAUUGUUGGCUGUGAUCACCAGCUGGGGAGCACCAUCAAGGAAGAUAACUGUGGGGUCUGCAACGGAGAUGGGUCCACCUGCCGGCUGGUCCGAGGGCAGUAUAAAUCCCAGCUCUCCGCAACCAAAUUGGAUGAUACUGUGGUUGCAAUUCCCUAUGGAAGCAGACAUAUUCGCCUUGUCUUAAAAGGUCCUGAUCACUUGUAUCUGGAAACCAAAAGCCUCCAGGGGGCUAAAGGUGAAAACAGUCUCAGCUCCACAGGAACUUUUCUUGUUGACAAUUCUAGUGUGGAUUUCCAGAAAUUUCCAGACAAAGAAAUACUGAGAAUGGCUGGACCACUUACAGCAGAUUUCAUUAUCAAGAUUCGUAACUUGGGCGCCGCCGACAGCGCAGUCCAGUUCAUCUUCUAUCAACCCAUCAUCCACCGAUGGAGGGAGACGGAUUUCUUUCCUUGCUCAGCAACCUGUGGAGGAGGUUACCAGCUGACAUCGGCUGAGUGCUACGAUCUGAGGAGCAACCGCGUGGUUGCUGACCAAUACUGUCACUAUUAUCCAGAGAACAUCAAACCCAAACCCAAGCUUCAGGAGUGCAACUUGGAUCCUUGUCCAGCCAGUGACGGAUACAAGCAGAUCAUGCCUUAUGACCUCUACCAUCCCCUUCCUCGGUGGGAGGCCACCCCAUGGACCGCGUGCUCCUCCUCGUGUGGGGGGGGCAUCCAGAGCCGGGCAGUUUCCUGUGUGGAGGAGGACAUCCAGGGGCAUGUCACUUCAGUGGAAGAGUGGAAAUGCAUGUACACCCCUAAGAUGCCCAUCGCGCAGCCCUGCAACAUUUUUGACUGCCCUAAAUGGCUGGCACAGGAGUGGUCUCCGUGCACGGUGACAUGUGGCCAUGGCCUCAGAUACCGUGUGGUCCUCUGCAUUGACCAUCGAGGGAUGCACACAGGAGGCUGUAGCCCAAAAACAAAGCCCCACAUAAAAGAGGAAUGCAUCAUCCCCACUCCCUGCUAUAAGCCUAAAGAGAAACUUCCAGUUGAGGCCAAGUUGCCAUGGUUCAAACAAGCUCAAGAGCUAGAAGAAGGAGCUGCUGUGUCAGAGGAGCCCUCGUUCAUCCCAGAGGCCUGGUCGGCCUGCACAGUCACCUGUGGUGUGGGGACCCAGGUGCGAAUAGUCAGGUGCCAGGUGCUCCUGUCUUUCUCUCAGUCCGUGGCUGACCUGCCCGUGGAUGAGUGUGAAGGGCCCAAGCCGGCAUCCCAGCGUGCCUGUUACGCAGGGCCAUGCAGCGGGGAAAUUCCUGAGUUCAGCCCAGACGAGACAGAGGGGCUCUUCGGUGGCCUGCAGGAUUUCGACGAGCUGUAUGACUGGGAGUAUGAGGGAUUCACCAAGUGCUCCGAGUCCUGUGGAGGAGGUGUCCAGGAGGCGGUGGUGAGCUGCUUGAACAAACAGACUCGGGAGCCUGCUGAUGAGAACCUGUGCGUGACCAGCCGCCGGCCCCCACAGCUCCUGAAAUCCUGCAAUUUGGAUCCCUGCCCAGCAAGGUGGGAAAUUGGCAAGUGGAGUCCAUGUAGUCUCACUUGUGGGGUUGGCCUGCAGACCAGAGAUGUCUUCUGCUCCCACCUACUUUCCAGAGAGAUGAAUGAAACAGUCAUCCUGGCAGAUGAGCUGUGCCGCCAACCCAAGCCCAGCACAGUGCAAGCUUGUAACCGCUUCAAUUGCGCCCCAGCCUGGUACCCUGCACAGUGGCAGCCGUGUUCCAGAACGUGUGGCGGGGGUGUUCAGAAACGCGAGGUUCUUUGCAAGCAGCGCAUGGCUGAUGGCAGCUUCCUGGAGCUUCCUGAGACCUUCUGUUCAGCUUCAAAACCAGCCUCCCAGCAAGCAUGCAAGAAAGAUGACUGUCCCAGUGAGUGGCUUCUCUUGGACUGGACAGAGUGUUCCACAAGCUGUGGGGAAGGCACUCAGACUCGAAGUGCUAUUUGCCGAAAGGUGCUGAAAACCGGGAUCUCAACUGCUGUCAAUUCCACCCUGUGCCCGCCCCUGCCUUUCUCUUCCUCCAUCAGGCCCUGUAUGCUGGCAACCUGUGCAAGGCCCGGACGGCCGUCCACGAAGCACAGCCCGCACAUCGCGGCCGCCAGGAAAGUCUACAUCCAGACUCGCAGGCAGAGGAAGCUGCACUUCGUGGUGGGGGGCUUCGCCUACCUGCUCCCCAAGACUGCAGUGGUGCUACGCUGCCCCGCGCGCCGGGUCCGCAAGCCCCUCAUCACCUGGGAGAAGGACGGCCAGCACCUCAUCAGCUCCACGCACGUCACGGUGGGCCCCUUCGGCUACCUCAAGAUCCACCGCCUCAAGCCCUCGGAUGCGGGGGUCUACACCUGCUCCGCGGGCCCGGCCCGGGAGCACUUUGUAAUUAAGCUCAUCGGAGGCAACCGCAAGCUCGUGGCCCGGCCCUUGAGCCCGAGGAGUGAGGAGGAGGCGCUCGCGGGGAGGAAGGCCGGCCCGAAGGAGGCCCUGCAGACCCACAAACACCAGAACGGGAUCUUCUCCAACGGCAGCAAGGCGGAGAAGCGGGGCCUGGCCGCCAGCCCGGGGAGCCGCUACGACGACCUCGUCUCCCGGCUGCUGGAGCAGGGCGGCUGGCGCGGAGAGCUGCUGGCCUCGUGGGAGGCGCCGGACUCGGCGGAAAGGAACGCGACCUCGGAGGAGGACUCGGGCGCGGAGCAAGCGCUCCUGCACCUGCCCUUCACCGUGGUGACCGAGCAGCGGCGCCUGGACGACAUCCUCAGGAACCUCUCCCAGCAGCCCGAGGAGCUGCGCGACCUCUACAGCAAGCACCUGGUGGCCCAGCUGGCCCAGGAGAUCUUCCGCAGCCACCUGGAGCACCAGGACACACUUCUGAAGCCAUCGGAGCGCAGGACUCCCCCCGUGGCGGUCUCGCCUCAUAAACACGUGUCUGGCUUCAGCAGCUCCCUGCGGACCUCCUCCGCCGGGGAUGCCGGGGGCGGCUCUCGCAGGCCGCACCGCAAGCCCACCAUCCUGCGCAAGAUCUCCGCGGCCCAGCAGCUCUCAGCCUCGGAGGUGGUCACCCACCUGGGGCAGACAGUGGCCCUGGCCAGCGGGACACUGAGUGUUCUUCUGCACUGCGAGGCCGUCGGCCACCCAAGGCCUACCAUCAGCUGGGCCAGGAAUGGAGAAGAAGUUCAGUUCAGUGACAGGAUUCUUCUACAGUCAGAUGACUCCUUACAGAUCUUGGCACCAGUGGAAGCGGAUGUGGGUUUCUACACUUGUAAUGCCACCAAUGCCCUGGGAUCCGACUCUGUCUCCAUUGCAGUCACAUUAGCAGGAAAGCCACUAGUGAAAACGUCACGAAUGACCAUGAUCAACAUGGAGAAGCCUGCAGUCACAGUCGAUAUAGGAAGCACCAUCAAAACAGUGCAGGGAGUGAAUGUGACAAUUAACUGCCAGGUUGCAGGAGUACCUGAAGCUGAAGUCACUUGGUUCAGGAAUAAAAGCAAACUGGGUUCCCCCCACCAUCUGCAUGAAGGCUCCUUGCUGCUCACAAACGUGUCAGCCUCAGAUCAGGGCGUAUACUCCUGCAGGGCGGCCAAUGUUCAUGGAGAGCUGACUGAGAGCACCCAGCUGCUGAUCCUAGAUCCCCCGCAAGUCCCCACACAGUUGGAAGACAUCAGGGCCUUGCUCGCAGCCACUGGACCAAACCUUCCUUCAGUGCUGACGUCUCCUCUGGGAACACAGCUGGUCCUGGAUCCUGGGAAUUCUGCUGUCCUUGGCUGCCCCAUCAAAGGUCACCCUGUCCCUAAUAUCACCUGGUUUCAUGGUGGUCAGCCAAUUGUCACUGCCACAGGACUGACGUAUCACAUCUUGGCAGCUGGACAGAUCCUUCAUGUUGCAAACCUUAGUAGUGGGUCUCAAGGGGAAUUCAGCUGCCUUGCUCAGAAUGAGGCAGGGGUGCUCAUGCAGAAGGCAUCUUUAGUGAUCCAAGAUUACUGGUGGUCUGUGGACAGACUAGCAACAUGUUCUGCCUCCUGUGGUAACCGGGGGGUCCAGCAGCCCCGCUUGAGGUGCCUGCUCAACAGCACAGAAGUCAACCCUGCCCACUGCGCAGGGAAGGUUCGCCCUGCGGUGCAGCCCGUCGCGUGCAAUCGUCGAGACUGCCCUUCUCGGUGGAUGGUUACCUCGUGGUCUGCCUGUACCCGGAGCUGUGGGGGAGGUGUCCAGACCCGCCGAGUGACCUGUCAGAAGCUGAAAGCCUCUGGGAUCUCCACCCCUGUGUCCAAUGACAUGUGCACCCAGCUUGCCAAGCGGCCUGUGGACACCCAGGCCUGUAACCAGCAGCUGUGUGUGGAGUGGGCCUUCUCCAGCUGGGGCCAGUGCAGUGGGCCUUGCAUCGGGCCUCACCUAGCUGUGCAACACAGACAAGUCUUCUGCCAGACACGGGAUGGCAUUGCCUUACAAUCAGAGCAGUGCAGCGCCCUUCCAAGGCCCGUGAGCACCCAAAACUGCUGGUCUGAGGCCUGCAGCGUACACUGGAGGGUCAGCCUGUGGACGCUGUGCACGGCUACCUGCGGCAACUACGGCUUCCAGUCCCGGCGUGUGGAGUGUGUGCAUGCCCGCACCAACAAGGCAGUGCCUGAGCACCUGUGCUCCUGGGGGCCCCGGCCCGCCAACUGGCAGCGCUGCAACAUCACCCCAUGUGAAAACAUGGAGUGCAGAGACACCACCAGGUACUGUGAGAAGGUGAAACAGCUGAAACUCUGCCAACUCAGCCAGUUUAAAUCUCGCUGCUGUGGAACUUGUGGCAAAGCGUGAAGACGGGACAGGGGGAAGAACUCCACCCUGGCCCCACGAAGGACUCACGCAACCACCUCGGACAGAACCUAAGCUUUCUUCAUUUUAUUUAUUUAUUUCCCCUCCCCACCCCACACACACCCUUCCAGCCUCCUCCACCCUCAAGCAUGAGGACGUCCACAUGUUUUCUUUCUCAAUUAGCUGGAGGACAGGAUGUUGGGAAAGGAGAGGACAGAUGUCUAAAGGAGGUUGCAGAGCAGGCCAGGCAGACAGCGGGGGCUUCCUAGAAGAGCUUCCUCCCUCCCAAACCUGGGUCUCAGACCCAGGAAGAGGCAGAAACAGCCCCUGGGGACAGCAGGGAUCCAGAGGUUUGUAGCCUGUUGAUGCAAACAUUGGACAAACACCUGUGUCUUUCCUAGAAGCACACUAUCAGAAAUGCAGGAGUGUGCUGCUCCUUUGUCUCCUCUUUCUCCAUCUGUCCCUUUAGUCAUGGUUAGGACAAACGAGGACGGGAAGGGGACACCACGCAGAGGCAGAAACUAGCCGAGAACUCAGUUGUUCCAGUGGUGGGGUGCAGAGAGAGGAGAACUCAAAUCACCGACAGGGAGAGGUAAAAAAGGAAUCAAUCAGAGCAGGCCUAAGGCUCACAAUGUUGCAGAAAUAAAUAAGGGAGGGGAGGGAAGGGACAGAAGCAAACAGGUGCGCAGGGGUGUCCAGGCUGCAUGAGGCUCACAGACAGGCUCUGAUCCCAUGCAUGCACGCAUGCUCAGAGCCCUGUUGGCCACGACAGAGCACCGCGCCGCAUGGGAGUCCCCACUCCCCAGGCUAUCAGAGUCAACGUCCUGCCUGUGCUGCUGCAGCAAAGCCAGCGAGAGGUGCAUCUGGCCGUGCAGUAAGGCCACCCUGGCACCUGUUUAUCUAAAUCAGGAGUCCUCCAGCCCUGCACUAACUGCGGCUGUGGGCCAGGGCCAUUUUGAGCAUGAAUGGGCCAGGCUUUCUGCCUUCUAGGACUUUUGCUGUUCCACCAAAGGGCCAGGGACAAGGCUCAAUUUGUCAGCAUCAACCCAUUAACUAAUCACUUUGCCAGAGAGUAUCUGCCAGGCUUUCAGGUUGUAGCAGGCUCUUCAUUCCACAGCUGGCCAGGGGCCGGGGUGGGAUGGUGAGUUUAUGAAUGCCUGCGAUACACCCUCCCUCUCCCAUCUACCACCCUGGGGUCUGCAGGCCCUCUCACAGCACAGUGAGACCUGCUGCAUGUAGUAUUUAUCUAGCAAGGCAGGGCGGGGGAGGCAGCACCCUGGCAAAGCAGCUCAUACACUGCAGCCACACUCAUCAGCUGUGGCGAGGCAGCUGGAGCAAAGUCAAGCAGCAAAAUGAACACUCUGGGACUCCUUGGCAAAAUGCUCAUUAAGCUGAGCAGCUUUGGCCAAGUAAUUUUUGCCUCUUUCCCCACUAGUGGCCUCAGUUUAGGACCAAGGGUGGCCAGAGUCACUUACCCUCAGAUAAGCCUCCCCAUGAAAUGCCAUUCACCCCAGGGCUUGACAUUAGGGCUGCAUUUUCCAGCCAGCCUGGAAGUAAAAUUUGAGGGGAAGACAGUAUUAAUCUGUGUCCCCCCCACCCCAGAGAGCUGUGGACAGUUAAGUUGGGUCUCUUGCUUCCUCACCACAAAAAUAGGCUCUAAGAAAUCAUAUUACUAAAAAUCAGUGUAAUGUCUGUUUAAAAUAAAAGAGAAUGUUUUCUAUGUCUGUAUAUCUUUUGUGAAUAUUAGGAGUUCUUGUAUUAAAAAGUGUAAUAUUAAUAAUUGUACAUUGUCAUCCAGAGAACUCUUGGGGGGACUUUAUUAACUUUCUGCGGUUGUGUUCCUGUAAACUUGGUAGUGAUUAUUAUAUUUUUUCCUAUUUUUUAAUAGAACCUGUUGUUUAACUCUGGAUCCAUUCACUGUGUACAGGAUAUGUUGUAAAAACUACUAUGGGAUUCUGUGGCAGUAAGAGGGGAUUCAUUUGUGGCACAAUAGUUCAUGGAAUGAUGAAGACAAAUUCCACACUACUACUAACGUGGUUAUUUCUAGUUCAAUAGCGACUGAAAAUCAGUGGUCACUAUUUACAUUUCCUACCAGCAAGCAGCCUCCAGCUCCGUGUUGGGUUGGAGCAGUUGGUAGUGGGUCUCAGUGAGCUGGCAGAGCCUAGGUUUGGGUGGGAGGCAGAGUGCUCCUUGCAUGAGAUGAAUGUACAUUUAAUGUUUGUUCUGUGAAUUACAACUCAGCAGCAGCACAAGACUAUGAAGGCUGCUGGCUAAUGUGGAAGGAGGCACUUUCUCCUCUAAAACACAAAACUGUAUUUAUAUUUUUUGUACAGAUAAUACAGCUUAUUUAUUUAAAUCUU